AUGUCGAUCGAGCUGAACACAGCCUACACGAAGGCCCUGAUUGUUUUUGUUGCGCUGGUGGUAAACUCAUUUACGAGCGUGGCCGGCGACACUCCCAUCCCUGUCGAUGCCGUUCGCACCUCGCGCGCUUUGAAUGCGCUAAACGAGGUGAAUACCACGCUCUCCGUCCAGCGGCUCUUAAGAGAUACGAGUGACGUUGUCAGCAAUGCCGAGGAGAGAUUCAGUAUAACUGAUGUUCCCAUCCUGAAUUCGGUUUCUGAGAAAGCUGCGACAUGGUUGGCACCAAAGUCGAAGUGGGCGCUGCAGAAAUCAUCGAACAACAAGUUUACUGAACUGAAUAUUCACAACAGAGAAGCCACGAAGCUAUUUCAAGUCGAAGCCUUUCAUACCUGGAUCGCUUACGUCGAGAAAUUUCAUCCAAAUUCCGUGGAGAAGGUGUCGAACGCGAUAUACUCAACCCUUGCUAGCCAUUUUAGUGCCAGUGAUCUGGUGAAGCUCUUUACCAAGAACUUGCCAGAAGAAAGGAAAAAUCUAGCUGAAGAAGUGUUGAAAGCCCAGGUCCAGAGCUGGAUAGACAGUAAGAAAAGUGGUGGACAAGUUUUUGCGCUUUUGCAGCUCGACAAGAUAAAAGGCAAUCUUUUUCUUCGCAGCCCGGCUUUUUCGCAAUGGGUCUCAUUUUUCAGGGAAUUCUACAAGGAAUUCUCGAACGAUGGAGAUGUGGAUAGGUUGUUGUACUUGUUCUUGUCGAGUCGUUUCGUAGGUUCUUGGGAUAGGCUGCUUGCAGGAGCCCCUGUUAAUGCGAAUGUUGCCGUUCCCUUGCUGCAAAGAGUGCAGCUCACGAAAUGGCACACUGACAAGAAAUCCCCGAAAGAAGUUUUGAAGCUUUUGAAGCUCGACAAGAUAGAAGGCAAACUUCUUCUUCGCAGCCCAGCCUUUCCGCAAUGGAGCUCAUUUUUUAUAGAAUACCACAAGGAUUUCCCAAACGAGGCAGUUAAGUGGCUGUCCCCGUUUUUGUCGAGUCGUUUCAAAGGUUCUUGGGAUGUGCUGCUUGCACGAACCCCCGUCGAUGUGAAAGCUUCCGUUUUCCAGCUGCUUAAUAUUCAGUUCAAGAAGUGGCAAACUGACAAGAGAUCCCCGGAAGAUGUUGUCGAGUUCUUGGGCCUUACAGCGAAGAAGUUACAAGAGGCACAAUACAAGACUUGGAAGGCUGGUACUGCGCGCAUACCGCUGGGUAUGGCUGACAAGGGCGACGGUGACCAACUGUUAAAAAUGACGGGUGCAUAUUUCAAUUGGAUUAAGGCUCAAUACGCGUGA